AUCCACCCCGUCAGCCCGUCCAUUUCCAUUCUGCUGGACCGUCCUACGCAUCCUCUCGUCGAUGAUUGAGGUUGAGAUCAACGCUGGUGGGUCACAGUCCGCACUCUGGAUCCGAACACGGCAGCACGGGCAGAGGGUUCCUGGUUCUUUGACUCGUUUUUAUUUGUUUCCCGGACAAGCUUUGCUUACUGUGUACUUCCUGCUUCCUUUGAAGCCCCUGCUAAAAUGGCCCCUGCCCGGCUCCCAACGAGCCCCUGCCAGCCGGUGGCUUGCAGAAGACGGACGGGCGCUAUCAUACGGAUGUACUGGGUAGUCACCCACACACCUUGCUCUCCGCCGGGAAGCCACAGUUCUUGGCCGGCACUUAUGCCCUGCUUGCUCUCUGCCUACCUUAGACUAUAACACCAUCUCUGCAUGCUUCAAGCAACGUAACAUUGCGCCUGUCCUCACGACGCCCUGGAGCUUGACCUCACGAUCCCCCCCAGGACGUGUCUCGCGCGCGCGUGUCCAGAGGAAGAGGAACGCCCCGCCGCCAUCCCGCCAUCCCGCCAUCCCGUCAUCGUACCCUGAGCCGUCAACACUCAGCAGACUCGGGGGCCAGGAGGACAGAAGGGGCUCAAAGGGGGCCUAUCUUUGGAAGAGGCCCACCUGCCAACAAGGUCCGCCCUCCAAAGGCCCAGGAGGCCCUUUCUACCCUUGACGAACCAACGUUGAUCGGCACUACUGCACUUGAUGCUCCCGCCGCUUCCAGGAUCUUGUACAACACCCCCAGCCCUGCAUCUGACUGGGGUCGCCAAGUACAAUCUUAAAGUCUAAUAAAUAAAUGCGAUUCACUCCCUCGCCUUCUCACCCCGUCCCCGUCACCUUGUCACGCGAGACCAUCACCUACCUCCUGUACUGAGGCUUUGCUUUUGUUUUCUCUGCCCAGUCACUCACUCCGCCCACAAACCAUUUCGACAGCCAAAUACUUCACUGGCUGCCCUCCAAACCACCGUUUGUUGCCGGUCGGGCUUCCUCACCGCAUCUCAAAAGCCCACCCGCUCAUUUGGCUUUUUGUUUUGUUUUAUUUUUUCCAUCAGAAACAACUCGACACACCACGUCCUCUUUUUACGCACUCUUGAAGGGGGGCCCCCACUGCAGAUUCGACUCCAAGAUGGCCUCGCGGUUGCUUGUACCUUUCCUCGCGGUCCUUGACCUUGUCACCGCUCAGGGCCUGGGAGGAUUGUGGCCCAUACCCCAGCCCACCUUCAAUUCUGGCUCCACACCCCUCUUCAUCAACAAGGACGUUAAAGUCACUUACAACGGCGAAUCUGUACGGUGGCCUGCUCAAGAGAGCUCCUUAUCCUCCCAAGAUGAUUUGUAUACUAAGAAUGCCUUCCAUGCACAGCUGACCCUCGAGGCCAACAAUGAGCCCGCCAGCCUGACCGGCGCUGACAUCACAGCUGCCGCUGUGAGCAGGGCCAUGAACAACAUUUUUAACCAGAACUUUGUGCCAUGGGUGCUUGUUCCACGGAAUUCGCUCUCGAAAUAUGAGCCCGCGCUCAACACUUCCGCCACGCCCGUUUCUUGUCUGGAAAUCACCCUGGACGCCGGCAACUCUACCUUUGACCCCACAACCACAGACGUCGACGAGGGCUACAGCCUGAGCAUCGGUGAGGAUGGCAUCGCAAAGCUCUCCUCCAAGUCAACCUUUGGCGUCCUGCACGGCUUGGAGACUUUCACCCAGCUCUUUUAUGAACACUCCGCGGGUGAUGCCUGGUAUCUAGUCAACGCCCCAAUCGAGAUUGAGGAUUCGCCGGUCUACGGGCACCGUGGACUUAUGUUGGACACGGCGAGGCACUGGUUCCCCGUGGCAGAUAUCAAGCGUACCAUCGACGGUCUUUCGUACAACAAGCUGAACAAGCUCCACGUGCACGUCACCGACUCGCAGUCUUGGCCCCUCGAGAUCCCAAGCAUUCCCGAGCUGACCGCCAAGGGUGCUUACAACCCGUCAUCAGUGUACUCCCCUGAUGACAUCAAGGCUAUCCAGGAGUACGGCAUUGCCCGAGGGGUGGAGGUAUAUUUCGAGAUCGACAUGCCCGGUCACAUUGGUGUUGUGGGCGAGGCUUUCCCGGAUCUCGUCGUGGCCUACGAUGCGCGUCCCUACUUCUUCUACUGCGCGCAGCCUCCCUGUGGCGCCUUCCGUCUGAACGACUCCAACGUCGAAGAGUUCCUCGGCAAUCUGUUUGACGACAUUCUCCCGCGUGUCGCGCCGUACUCCAAGUACUGGGGUACCGGCGGAGAUGAGCUGAACGCCAACGACUCCAGAUUCGACCCCGGCCUGAACACCAACGACAGCGCGGUGCUCCAGCCGCUGCUGCAGACGUUUGUUGACAACCAGCACACCCGCGUUCGCAAUGCCGGUCUGAUCCCCACGGUUUGGGAGGAGCUUGUGACUGAGUGGAACGUCACCUUGGGAGAGGACGUGGUAGUGCAGUCGUGGCUGGGCGGCGGUGCUGUUGCUGACAUUGCCUCCAAAGGCCACAAGGUUAUCGACAGCAACUACAACUUCUGGUACCUCGACUGCGGCCGCGGCCAGUGGCUCACUUUCGGCAAUGAGAUCUGGGACCAGUUCACGCCCUUUAACGACUGGUGCGGCCCAACGAAGAGCUGGGAGCUGGUCUACUCGCACGACCCGGCCGAGGGCCUGAACGGGACGGAGGCAAAGCUCGUCCUGGGCGGCGAGGUGGCCGUCUGGUCCGAGACCAUCGACAGCAACAACCUGGACACGCUCGUGUGGCCUAGGGCCGGCGCCGCCGGGGAGGUCCUCUGGUCGGGACGGACCGACGCGGGCGGGCAGAACCGCUCGCAGGUCACGGCGGCACCGAGGCUGAACGCGCAGAGGGAGCGCCUGGUGAGCAGGGGGAUCAGAGCGAGCCCGAUCCAGAUGGAGUGGUGCCUUCAGUACCCGAACGCGACCGGCUGCGAGUACCCGGCCGCCUAGGAUGAGGAGCCUUCGGGGGUUGAAGAGCAGCCGGUGGGGGUUAUCGCGCUCAGCACUUUGGAGGCCUUGGUGGACGUCCUCGUUCAACUUGCCAUCAGUAUCUUCAGGGCACUGGAGCGGUUGACUUACUCUGACGAGUACUUGACAGCAUGAACAAAGACAUGCUCGGGGACCUUAUACCUUCCUGUACAUACUUGGAUUUUGGUAUCGUGUUAUGGUAAUAACCUUGGAAGUUAAUGACAGCACGUGCUAUCUUA